GCAGAAAUGAUGAAGACACUGUUCGCCAGUUGCAGACACAGUAGUUGCCACCUGUACGGGCAGCUAUAACGCUGACCAGGAGUUGGCCGAGUCGUUCAUCCUUCAGCGUUGGAUGCGUGGACCAACUGACCUAUAGGCGUGCAUCAUAUCAAAAUUACAUGUAGGAAGAAUUGUGUACAAACUAUAAUAAUAUUUUUUAGCCUAUAGCCGAGUGAAAAUAUCUGCCCAAUCGUUCCAACUUUGAUUUGUUGAUUUAUUUCUCACUUCGCCACUAGGACUUAAGUUUGAACAUGUCAGGUUCUGAGGCAGAUAUUGGGGAAACCUUUAAAGUAAGUGAACCAAUUACUUUGGAAUCUGAGGAAGGCCAGCGGCUUCUGGAUGAAGCUGAAGUUCGUCAAGACAUCUUAAUGGACGUGUUUGAUUUCCAGCAGCACUAUUCGCACUGUGGCAUACAGAGUGCAGCGCUUCUUCUUGCAUCCUUUGAAUGUGGAAAAGCGUGUCGUGAAGCAGGGCAUCGCAACUUCAGACACUGUAAGGACAUUAAGGAGCAGUACCACGGAUUUGCUAUGUUCGCCUUCAAGGAGACCGAGGAGAUCAUUACCCAUGAUGUCGUCCAGAAAAAAGGCACCUCAUUGAUGGAUGUAGGCCAGUUACUCGUCAGCCACAAACACCAAGCUACGAUGUACUUUGGUCAAGAGUCCUCCGUGGAUGAAUUCCGCUGUCUAGCCGUGGAAGCCCUGCGCCAUGAAGAUUCCAGCGCUGGAGUUAUUCUGAACUUCCAGCGAUACCUUUUGGGUCAAAUCGGGAAGGCUUCCAAGUUUGGACAUCACAGUCCCUUUUGCGCGUAUCACAAAGCCUCUGACCGCUUUCUAAUGCUUGAUACUAAUGGUAUUGUCAUGAAUGCUGGCAAACCCAAAGUGUGGUUAAAGACCGAAGAUUUGUUUCAGGCAACGCAAGAUGUUGAUGUAGCUACUGGAAAGUCGCGAGGAUUUGUGAUCAUGGGUGGUGUUAUCUGAACAUACUUUCAGGCAUUUUAUUAACUUGGAGCAUCUCGUGUUUAUUUAGAGUAUUGUAGCAUGUAUAAUGGUUCAAAAACAGGCUUAAAUUGUUUUUAAUGAAUUCAAAUGUUGCAACAGUGUACCCCUUUAAAUUUUAAAUCUCAACCAUUUGUCAGACUGUUUGAACAGAAAACUAGCAGACUUUAUUUGAUUUUCUUUGCCUGUCAUUUUUAUCUGGAAGACUUUCCUUUAUUAACUUGGAGCAUCUCGUGUUUAUUUAGAGUAUUGUAGCAUGUAUAAUGGUUCAAUUUUAUUUAAAAGGAUAGACUUAAUCUGAGGCCAGUGUUUUCCUAAUAUAAAAUACUUUAUUAUAUACAUAUAUUUUAUUACAUACAUGUUUUUUCAACUAUAUUUUACUAUUUUGUUAAGCUAAUGUUCCAGUCUUCCAGAUAAAAAUGACAGGCAAAGAAAACCAAAUAAAGUCUGCUAGUUUUCUGUUUAAACAGUCCGACAAAUGGUUGAGAUUUAAAAUUUAAAGGGGUACACUGUUACAACAUUUGAAUUCAUUAAAAACAAUUUUAGCCUGUUUUUAUAAUAAAUAUUUAUUUCUCAUUAAUAUGUAUGCUAAUUAGUCUAAGGUCUCGGUCUCGGUCUCGCCCAUAAGAUAUCGGUCUCCGAGUCUCGGCUUUGGACCCUUCGGUCUCGGUGUCGGUCCUAAGGUCUUGGUUUCGGUCUCGGUCUCGAGCUUUCAGGUCUCGACUACAACACGGGUUUUAUUAUUCAUGCUGUGCACUGACAUGGUGCCAUUUUGAAGAGUAUUUUACACACUAGAAGAAUGUUGUCUUUAUUAUCUAAUGCAAUAACAUAUGGACAAUUCAAUGUGAGCAGCAUUGAUGAAUAUAGGAAUGACUCAUAAUUGUUUAAUUCAUUAAUAGAAAUAAGCAGUUAUCUAUAACCAUCACGUUAAUUAAAAUGGACAGACUUUGAUAUUUUGUAUUUUUA